UCAGUUGUGACUCUUAGAGGGAGGUUGUAUUUGCUGUGUCUCUGUGCAGUUUUUCACUUAACAACAUGUUUGAAGAUGCACGAAACGCGCGUGAAUAGUUUUUUCUAACACAUGACGUAAAUUGUUUGUGCUGGUAAACGUACCCAACGCAGUGGAGAUCGAAUAGUGCCUGAAAAUGGGUGGAAGACGAGGAAAUCCAACGUUGGAGUUGACUCUGGCGGCGGUGGUAACCCUGGGCGUUUGUUUGGGUCGUGGAGCUUCAGCUGACAAAGAGGGACUGUGGAGUGGGUUAUCAUUUGGAGUGGAGCCAGUGGACACGGUGGUGCGGAAGAGGGGCCCAGCGUGGCUCCACUGUGUGGCUACUGGCUACCCAGAGCCCACUCUCACCUGGAGGAAAGAUAACUCUCCCGUUGAUUCCUCCGGUGACACAAGACUAACUAUUCUUCCGAAUGGAACGUUAUCCAUCUCUUGGGUGAAUGGACCAAGAUCUGAACAAACUGAUGAAGGCAUUUAUCAGUGCGUGGCAUCCUCGCCCGGAGCGGGCACCAUUAUAUCAUCCAGGGCCAGACUGAGUAUAGUUGGCGGCUGGGAAGAGGAUGCACUACCUAAGUUUGAGGAUCAGCCUCAAGAUAUGACUGUGUUUGAAGGUGAACGGGCACGGUUUCCUUGUGCCAUUGACGGCUCUCCUCCACCAAUCAUCAAGUGGUUCAGAAACAGUCAUCCUUUGGAUCCUGACUCAAGGAUGACACGCCUUCCAUCUGGUGCCUUAGAAAUAGAAAAUGUAGCUGCAACUGAUGAUGGUGAAUAUUAUUGCCAAGCAACGAGCCUUGAUAAGACCAAGGUAUCACAACAAGCCACGCUUCAAGUAAAGGAAGGAUAUGCACUUCGUGACCCCCAGUCUCCUGUAUUCAUUGCUCAGCCAAAAUCUGUAGUUGGCACAGUAGGAGCAAACAUAACACUAGAUUGUGCAGCUAAUGGCUAUCCAGAGCCAACAGUUGUUUGGCUAAAGGAUGGGGCAACCAUAGACAUGGCUGACUUGGACACCAGGUUCUUGUUUUUUGGUACAACAAGAAGCUUGCAGAUCAUUGGAUUAAAAGAAGAAGAUGGUGGCACAUACAUGUGUCGAGCAGAAAAUAGAGAAGACUCUGUUGAUGCUGUAGCUCACAUCCAAGUGCAAGUUGCUCCUAAGUUUUUGAGAAGGCCUGUAAAUACGAUUGCAUACGAGAAAGAAGAUGUUGAAUUGGAGUGUAAAGUGUAUGGCCAGCCAGAACCAUCUGUGCAUUGGCUGAAAAAUGGUGAAUUGAUAAUUGAAACAGAAUAUUUCCAGAUGGUGAGUGGUAAUAAUUUAAAAAUCCUUGGCUUGGUGGAGGGUGAUUCUGGAAUGUACCAGUGUGUGGCAUACAAUUCUGCCGGGGACGCACAAGCUGCCGCACAGUUACGUGUCCAAAAGUCAGGAAGGAGCAUGCCAUCAUCCCCCACAGCCACUACAACCAUCAGCAGCACCCAUCAAGGUGUUUCCAAGGGUGGAUUAUUACCAGAGGAAGAUGGUAGUGAGAGUGAUGAUUCCUUGGAUAUUGGUGGUGGACACCAUCCACUGUCUCCCUCAGCUCCCAGACAUCUCCAAGCUAUAAUUGCCAGUAAUAGAUUCAUCACACUAGCAUGGCAUGAACCUGAGAAGAACAAUGAUCAUAUUGUUGGAUAUUCUGUAUUUUAUAGGCAGGAGGGUUCUCCUAGGGAACGUGUGCAGAAUGUCAGUGCCAGCUCAUCAAGUGAGGGCCUGGAUGAAUACAAAACACAAAUUAGUCACCUCAUUCCUGGAAGUAACUAUUUAGUGCGAGUGGUGGCUCAUACAUCAAAUGGUCUGGUUGGAGCAUCUAGUGAUGAAGUGCCUGUUUAUACAAAGCCUGAUCUUGAUUUACCAUCAGCACCCGAAAGUCUUAAAGUCAUUCCCACCUCCCCAACUAGUUUACAAGUCACAUGGUCAUUUCCACAAACAGUAAAGACGCCUAUUACUGGAUUUACAAUGUUUUAUAUGCAGGUUGGUUCAGCUGAAGAGCAUGAAGUAGAAGUUACCGGUACCUCGUAUGAUCUGCAAGGUCUCAGUCAGUUUACGGAGUAUAGUGUAUGGCUCGUAGCUGUUAAUGCUAAUGGCGCUGGAGAUGCAACCCACGAAGUCACUGCUAGAACCUAUUCUGAUAUGCCUUCAAGAGAACCUCAGAAUGUGACUGUUGAGGCAGCUAGUUCAAGAAGUCUUAUCAUAAGGUGGGAGCCACCUCCCACAGAGCAUCAGAAUGGUGUUAUAACUGGAUACAAAAUACGAUACAAGGAAAAAGGAAAAACUGGCUCCACCAAGACAAAGACCACAGAUGGAAACAGACGGUUAUUUGCUCUCACAGACCUGAAGAGGAGCACUCAGUACUCCAUUAAGUUGGCAGCCCUCACAGUUAAUGGAACGGGUCCAUAUACACACUGGAACCUGGCCGAAACAUUUGCUAAUGACCUGGAUGAGAAUCGUGUGCCAGACAAGCCAAUCAAUCUGAAGGCUGUUGCACUGACUGACCAUAUUAGGGUAUGGUGGCAACCCCCAGCUCUUCAUAAUGUGAUGAUGCGGGGAUACACGAUUGGCUGGGGUCGUGGCAUACCCGAUGUUUACUCCAAGAUUGUAGAUAGUAAACAGAGAAGCUAUGUAAUUGAAGAUUUAGACCCAAAUGCUGAAUAUGUUAUCAGUCUUCGUGCUUUUAAUAAUGUUGGGGAUGGGCAGCCAGUAUAUGAGCAAGUGCGCACACGCCCAACUGAAGAAGCGGUAGCAGCAACACUCACGCCUCCAGUGGGUUUGAAAGCUGUAGUUCUCACUUCUUUCACAGUGGCUCUGCAAUGGACAGAUACUACUCUUAAUCGUAACCAGUACAUAAGUGACACGAGAUACUACACUGUUCGAUACACAACAUACUCCUCUGCCUCAUCAUCCAGUCCUCGAUAUCGUUAUGUCAAUGCAACUGAUGUUACCUGCCUUAUUGAUAAUCUGAAGCCCUCCACAAUGUAUGAGUUUGCAGUUAAAACUACAAAGGGACGACGUGAGUCUCCAUGGAGUCUUGUGGUUUCCAACACAACUUUGGUUGCUAGGCCAUCGUCUCCACCAAGGGAUGUCACAGUUGUUACAAUUCCUGAUGAGCCUUCAACUACAAUAUUCAAUUGGCAACCACCCAAACAGAGCAAUGGCAAAAUUACAGGGUACUUAAUAUUCUACACAACAGAUGCAGCAGGAGACUGGGUAAUGGAAGAGGUACUUGGAGAUCGGAUGACAUCCACUGUUCAUGGAUUGACUCCAUCAACUCUCUACUACUACAAAAUGCAGGCUCGCAAUGUUAAGGGCUUUGGUCCAUUUUCUUCCGUUGGAAACUUCACCACAUUGCCUGCAGUUGGAAAAAGUAUAGGCAAACCAUCAGGGUGGUUUGUGGACCGAGGAAGUUUGAUUGUGUUAGUAAUUGCUGGAGUGGCUGGAGCCAUUACUCUUAUAGGUGCUUUCGUGGGAGCAACAAUCUACUGUCGACGAGUUAAGCCCCAGCCACGACCUAGUAAUGUGCGAGGUCGGGUCCUGGGGGAUGCGGCUGCUGUUCCUCCUGCCGCUUCUCCCUCUGCAGCUUCUGUUAACAUCACUCUGCAGCCCAGAGUUGGCAGUUGCAGCAAGAGUAACAAACCAGAGGUGCAGCCUCCAGACCUGUGGAUUCAUCACGAUCAUCUGGAACUUAAAAACUUUGACAAGGGUGAACGCAGUAGUUCACCAAAUCAUGCGGCCAUUAUUAACCACACAGGACCUGAGUAUGAACCUGAUGACAAGAACACGACUUACACUUCUACCUCUACCCUCGACCGCCGCACCCCUUACCAGUCAACCUAUCUCCGUGAUCAACUGAGUGAUGAUGAAACGGAUAAAUUGUUGAACCGUCGAUCCUUCAAACCCAAACCUCUCAUUAUGUCUUUGGAUGUUUCAAAUGAUCUGGUUGGUGGUAGUACAUCAAGCAGUGUAUACAGUGAUGGUACUCUUGGUCGACCAGGAUACUCCAUGCCACAGUUUUCUUCUGCUGCUAGCCAAGGCUACAAUUCACCUGCAGAAAAUCCAUAUAGCCCUAACCCAACCAGUAGUGGUAUGUCUGCAAUGCUUGGGCCAGGUAAUAUGCCUCUCGAUGGCAUGCCUCUGCCACCCCAACCUACACAGCCACUGUUGGGAGGUCUUGGUGGACCUCCUGGGCCAUCCCAAUACAGUUCUGUGAAUGGUGAAGGUAGUAACACACUGGGUAAGCGGUCAGGUAAUCCUUUACGCAGUUUCAGUGUCCCAGCACCGCCUCAGUCUGCUCCCACAACACCCCAACCUAAACACAUUGUUGCUGUACGACCUCAGGGAGUAACAAGUCCUUUCAAGAAGUCUUUAGUCCCUGGAUCUUCAAAUAUGUCAAGCAAUGCAGGUCCAGGUGGACCAUCAGGGCGCUGGGCAGGUCCCACCAUGCGUGUUGAUUCUUUACCUGAGCACGAGGAAGCAAAUGAAGCCCUUCUUCAUGGUUACUCAACGGAAGAAUUAUCUCAGGAAAUGGCCAAUCUUGAAGGACUCAUGAAGGACCUCUCAGCCAUCACAGCAAACCAGUUCAAUUGCUGAGGUCCAUCUCGAUCCAUAACUCUUUCCUGUGCUAGUGUUUUUGUCGAAAGUGAAAUUUUCAGUGUUGUCUUGUAUAAAAAUGCAGCCACAUGUGUACUUUGGGCAGUAUGUGGUAAAUGUAGAUAAUAAACAUACUAAUAGAAGUUCAAAACCAUGAAAUACUUUUUAUAUUAUUUUAUAUAUUUUUUUUUAUUACUCAAAAGGGCCUCUGAAUCCUGGGAUUUUAUUUGAGCUACUGAAAAAUUUAGAGACCUUGAGUGAUGUGCUUAAUGUGUACUGGAUGUUACCGAAAUGUUUCUUUGGGAAUGGCAUGAUGUGAACUCUAUAGUGACCUCUGUAUGCAUGGUUUUUAUCAAAUUGAAAACAAAUAUGUAUAUAUGUGUAUAAAUUUUUGAGUGCAAAGACGAAAACAAACGAGUUGAAUUUAGGAAACAAUCUAUAGAAAUGGUGAACUGUGGUGCUUCCAAUUCUCCUCAGUUAUUAGUUGUCUUCAACUCACAUUAGGUUGGUAUCGCACUAAGCAACUUUAGAUUAACUUGCAGCAACAUGAUUAAAUAUAAUUUUAUAUUUAUUGUAAACGUGUGAUAGUUAAGAAAAGGAAAGCUCUUUACUGGUGAAUGUUUGUCACAUAUUAUUAUAUAUGACAAUUCUCCUUAUGAUGAUGAUGGUUUCUUUUGUCCAUAAAUUGUAUUUUAUCUAUUUGUGAUUAUAACAAUACUCAUUUAAUAUACUUAAUAAAGGGAAAAAAUUUUGCAUAUUGGCGAUAUAAAGUUAAAGUCAAGUAAUGUAGAGUGUAGUCUGGCUUGUAGCCAUCAUGGUAAAGUGCCCUGUCACUUUACAAGGGUUUAAACCUAUAAUGUAAAUAUAAGAUAUUUUAUCUUUAUUAAAUUAACUAUAACGAAGCAAAAAUGAGAUGAAACAAAAGAAAAUGUGGUGAACCUAAUACAAUCAGAGUAAUAACCAAUAUAUAUAUUACAAGUUUAUCUGGCACAAUUUUAACUAUGACUUCUCAUAAAGUUUUGCAUAUCACAUUUUUGUAUAGAUUGAUGUUGUAAAGAAAUUGAUGAUAAUAGGAAAUAUUUAAUGCCAAUAUUUGACUAAUCUCAUUAACCCUUAAAAGUGUUUCAUUCAUUUGUAUAACCAAUCAGUUUGUGCCCUUGCAUUUCUUGAUACCAUGAAAACUAUAUUGAGGGGAAAAUACUCUACUAUGCAGGGUAAAAAUACUCCUAUGUGAAUGGUAAGGAAAGUAUUUACCAUGCAAGAAAGAUAGGUAUUUAUAGGAAAACCAGCAUUUGUUAUCGAGUUAGUUGCUCAGUAUGACACCACCUUUGCAUUUACAGACAGAAGAAAUACAAGUUAAUUGUAAAAUGUACACUUAAGGUGGCAAAGUGAGAAUACAGCAAGGAUAUUGCAGGGAGAUUAUCACUAAUAGUCUCCCCAGGUGAUAAUUUCCAUUUUUUGGGGGUGAUAAUUUUGUUUUAUCCAGUUGGAUUAGCAAUGAAUACGUGACGAAGAUGAAUGACUCAUUAUUUUAUACUAUGAGGGGUGGCUGAGUGUUGCCUAGUCAGUGUUGUCUUGAUAAACUCAGCAUGUGUACUGUGGUAAUAAACAGUGAAUCAUUAGUGAUGCUUUGCAGUGCUUCUAUCUCAGAAAACAAAAGACACGAGAAGCAGCAUUAUUUGCUUCAUUAAAAUGAACUUCAAAACUGAGAGAGAGAGAGGAUACUACAAUCAGUGUCAGGCUGAUACAUUGCCAGCUUGGUGUUGUUGGAAGAGUUACUUGCUGUAGCAGUUUCAGGUCUCUGUGCUCAAUCACACUGAAUCUUUCUGAUUUGAGCAGCAAAGGGAGAGUUAUGGAAAUUUAUAUGAAGACUCCUUUGGUAACUUGGGGGAAACAAGCCUUAUAUUAUAAAUGUAUGGACAUUUUGCAACUACUUUAUCAGCAUGUGGCAAAUAUAUAAUAAAUAAUGUUGAAUUUGAUGGACCCACUUACAAUGGGGUACGACCCUUGAAAUCUCCAAGACUCUCGUUUUACUGGUCUAAUCACAUGUGUUCUUGUCUGUGCACUGUGUUUGUGUACAGACUGGAUGUGCAUUUAUUGUUAAGAGUAAUUUUAGGAACUUUUAUAAUGCAAGUUUUCCCAACCACACCCAGGUUUCCUUCCAAAUUUUACUUAUUGUUUAGUGAGAGUAAAUAGAGGCUCCCUGCUGUGGGAGUAGAUUGUUAGUUUUAUACGACAAUAUUUUUUCUCUUGACAAUUACAAUAAUUGUUAAAGGGGAAACUGUAUGUCUAAUGCAGAGGUUACUUUUAUACAAUUAGAAGUUUUUAGUUGAAGCAUUUCACUGAAAUUUUGUAAAUGGGAUGUUAAUUUAUUAAAAAAAAAAAAAAGAGCUUGGAAUAUUUCCAGCUGAAUUUUUUUUUUUCAGUGGGAUAUGGCAGUUUCUGGUAAACUACAUAAAUUACUCUGAGCUGGAUUAUAACAGCUAUGAUUGCACAAACUUGUCAUGAACACAGUUUUGCAAUGAAAUAUUAUACUUGUAUUUCUCAUUUUAAACUAUGUUAUAAUUUAGCAUUAUCAUAUUCAUGCUCAUCUCAUCAAAGUCAUUUUCAUAAUUUAUCAUCCUCAUAACUUACAAAUACAUGCAUUUAUUUGUAUUUUUUACUUUAUUAAUAAGUGUAUUGUGAAAUAACAACUGUGAAUACAUGACUGAAGUACAGCAUUGAGACUUGAUGAACUGAAUUGAAAUAGUCUAGCGGAUGACAUGAUGAAUUGUUUAUCACUGUAUUCUUAAUGUAGCAUAGUAUAUAUUACCUGAUUUCCACUAUAGUAGUCAUAUUUCAUAAAAUGCAUUGGCUGUUAUCUGGCAGAAUUUAUAAGAAUUCCAGUGGUUGAAAGGUCUUUCUUUUAAUACAAAAAAAGUAAAUUUGUUCUAAAUUUAAAAAUAAAUAUUUUUCAAAUGUACAAGUUUGCAAUAUCUGUCCUCAGUCAUUUUACCUAAUGAAGGAGUUCCCAUGAACACAUAUUAACAUGAUAGGAAAUGCAUUUAUUAUAAAUGCUCAAACAAUUAUACAUUUUAAUCUUUGUAAGAUCAAAUUUUUAAUACAACUUGCCAUGUAAAUAAAAUUUAAUUUUCAAUAACUUUAUAAAUGAUUGAUAGAAUUCAAUGCUCAUUUUGUACAGUUGUGUUGUCUGGUAUGUGGUUUGUAGUAUUAAGUGGCUGAGGUGUUUGUUUAUAUUUUUGUAAACACUGCAGUACAAAUAGCUGUUGCAGCAGAUGAUCUAUAAAAUAUUAAUGUAGACUUACAGUGUUGAAAUGUUUUCAAAGUAAUUGUGUCUUAAGUAAUCAGUCAAACAAGUGUUAACUACAUUACUUUUAAACAUUUUAGUACAGACAAUCACAUGCUUUCAGGACACCUCAAGACCGAGACUGAACAAAUAACCUGUUGUGUACGGGUAGGAUGUGUAUGUACAGAUGUACAGAUGUUGUGUACCAUCAUCCUAAAAUUCUAGGGGAAAAACAAAAUUGACAGUACUUUGUACUCACCAAUAUGAAGCUGAAGAUUAUUGUUUAAGGUGUAAUUAUUUAGAUGGUAAAGGUGGUAGAUGUUAAUGGUGUUGAGUUGACUGAAGUGGAGAUUGAUGGUGAUAAGAGGCACCUUCAGAUGUUGAAGUGCUUGUACCACUCACACUGCAUUGUUAACACUUUGCACCAUAGGUCUACUCACUGCCUUUCAAUUACAUAUUUAUUUAUCACUUUCACUUGUAGAAAAGUAGUUAGAGAUGAGAAUGUCUGAAAGUGCAGUCUUGCUCAUUUCAUAUUUAGCACAUGCAACACUUCUCAAGAUCCCACUUUCCACCUUAUAAGUUCAACUCUCUUCUAGAAUGUUAUCACUGACCUCUUUUUCUUAGUUUUCUCACUUGUAGAAGCUUUCAUCGACAUUUGGAGCUGACAUGGAACAAGGGCGUUCCUAAAUAAAUAAAUAAAUACAGUACAUAAAUAUAAAUAUACACACGUGCACAAACACAGCAGAACCUCAGCUGACGAAUGCCCUAACAGUAUUUACAAAUUUUCCUGGUUACAAGGCUCAAUUUCUUCGUAAAAUUUGAUUCGGUUUAUGAGCUUUGCCUCGAGUUGCGAGUUUGUUGAUACACGCAUGGGUCGACGGAGCACGUGGUUCCUGGUGGUACAGGCAACUAUGCCUCAGUUUAACAGUGCCUCCCCUGAAGUGACAAUUGCGCUUGAAUUCUUUGUAAAGAAUUACAUUGUUUUUCAGCUUUUUUGGUUUCUAACAUAAAAGUAAUUAUUAUAUACCAUGCCAUGGGCCCCAAGAAAGUCAAUGGUAAGGUUCAACCUAUGAAAACACAUGUGAGGAUGACCUGGAUGACCUUAGAGGAAAAACAAGUCUCUAUGAAAAUAAGUUCUUAGUGAGACAAGCAAGCAGUGAGCCACAACCAGGUCCUAGUGGUAUGCAGGCUAAACAUAGGAGAGAGAGUACCCCAGAGAAGUCAUAUUCCUGAUGUUAUAAUGGAAGAGGACUUCCCUUCCAAACACUAACACCUCUCCUCCUUCCUCCCUCCUCACCAUCUUCCAUACGUCAACGAGUCAUCAAUAAAGGUAAGCUAUAACUCGUACAUACUAUAAUACAAAAUAAUUGUUUUUAUUAUGUAUGAAAUGUAUUUUGAAGUUAAUAUUUGUGGGAGUGUUUAUAUAAAUAUAUAUAAUAUUACAUACAUAGUGUAUAUGUAUAUAUACACUGUAUAUGUAUAUAUAUAUAAACAAAAUCAGAGAAAUAAAUGCUCCAGUGCCUUGUGACAAAUCAAAACAGUAGGCUAUGAGCUCAAGAGUCACAUGAGUAAGUGAUGGCCAGUACGAUCAAUGGGCACUAGGCCCAUCCACUUUAUCACACAUUUUUAUUUGGACUGUCUUCCUGCCUCACCACUUAUUUUACUAACUAUAUUGGUACAAACCCAAAAUAAAUAACUGGCAUUUCAAGGUAAGUAGUGUCCAGAAAGCAUUUGAUUGUCUGUGUCCAUAAUAGUGGGGAAUCUAAUUAUAAUCUUCAUAUAAAAAAAUUUAUGGUUAUUCUGGAUUGCUUGUGUGUUUAUCCAUCUUUCCAACUGGGCAUGUUGUCUAUCACACUUGUGUGUCCAAAAUUUUUGAGUCACUAAACUAAAUUUUAUGAAACUUCAUACGUAUAUAUACAGUAUAUAUAUAUACUGUAUAUAAUAUACUGUAUGUAUAUACUGUGUGU